CAACCGAUUUCCCCUCACUCCUCAAACUUUACUCCCCUCAUCAAAAGAAGUUUCGCUCCAUCCAGUGAUUCAGGUUAUAUAUUGUUUAAUUUAGUUUAGUCUUAUUCACAAAAGUGCCGCUCCUUUUGUGAAUUGUAUCUGUGAAGAAACAUUACAGUUUGCAAAAAUGGGGAAAGGAUUCAACAAUUACAUGUGCAAGAAAUUCUUCCAUCCAGCGUCACGAGAUAAUUUGAAACGGGUAUGGAUGGCAGAACAACAAGCAGAAGCCUAUAAAAAGAAACAAGAAGAAUUAAGAGUACAGUAUGAGAAAGAGCAAGAUCUUCAUAAUAAUAAAGCAUUGCUCAGUAAAGAGAGCAAAGAUAAACUCAGCGUGAAUUUUAUGUAUGAACCGCCACCUGGAGCAAAGAAAGAAAGAGAAAAAGAAGAUAAUGAGCCUGAAUACAAGUUUGAGUGGCAGCGAAAAUAUAAUGCUCCCAGAGAAAGCUAUUGCAAGGGUGACAGUGAAAUUCGAGAUCAACCAUUUGGCAUACAAGUGAGAAAUGUACGGUGCAUCAAAUGUCACAAGUGGGGACAUAUAAAUACAGAUAAGGAAUGCCCGUUAUAUAGUAAAGCAAUGAGCGUUGUAAUGGCAAAUAAUAAUUCGCAAGCGUCAUCUGCGCCAGACACCAUGACGCUUGUGCAACAGAUGCGAGAAGAUGGUUUGGCUUUGAAAAAAUCUGCACUAGAUGCGCAACAGCAUUUACAAGUUCCGGAACAUGAACACCUUAUGGUAUCCGAAGACGAGGAGCAGUCGGAUCUCUCAUUUCUGAAAUCUCUGUCAAAAAAGGAAAAAAAGAAAUUGUUAUUGAAAUUACAGCUACUGGAGAAGAAAAGUCGCAAGAAAGAGAAAAGGAAAUUGAAGAAAAAGAAGAUAAGCAAUAACAAAAAAGUCAGCGGUAGCAGUAGCGAUAGCAGCGACAGUAGCAGUAAUAGUAACGGCAGUAGUGAUAGCGAUAGUACCAGCAAUUGUUCAGACGAUUCCUGCUCGAGAAGAGAUAAGAAAAAAAUGAAGAAAUCUGAUUCUAGACAAAGGGGUACUCACAAGUACAACAAAAGACGAAGUAACGAGACACAUUCGUACAAGCAUAAAGAAAUUAACGUCAAGGACAAGUAUUACUGUGAUAAAAAGAAAAAAAUUGAGGAUGAAGAUAAGAGCAAAAUUAAUUCGCGGUACAACGAAACGAGGAGGCACGCGCAUCAUUAAUACCUAGGAAGUAACAUGCGUUUUGUGGAAUUAAUAAACAACUUAUAAUUAUGUAAUUUACCUUGUAUCUUGAAAGCAUUAUACAUCACAAGUGGUUUGCAAAUCACUUCUAAAAAGGAUUUGUUUACGGAGAAGUUUAUAUAUAAUUAUAUACGUUAAUUAUAAUAAUAUUUUAUUCAAUUACAGAAAAACAUCCUUAAAUAACGGCUUGUAAUACAAACAUUAAUUAGCUACAUAAAUUUUAUUUCAAUAGCAUGCACCUUAUUAUUUUUACAAAUUAAUGAAAUAUAUAUUAUUGGUAUGUUUAUAUAUGUAUAUUGGUAUUUUUAUAAUUGUAUAUAAUUUCUUAGUAUAAUGUAUAUGUAUAUGUGUCUUUCGCAAAGAUGAUACAUGGGAUCAUUGACAAUAUUGUAUGCGUGUGUGUAUGUGUGUGUGUGAUUCGUCCGCAUUAAACGUUAAUCAGAUUUCUUAUUUGUAAGAUGCACAUUACUCGAGUAGGUCUUAGAUAAUAUUAAUUCUUUUAUUCUGUUUAUAUAACACCGUUAUAUAAACUGCACUUAAAUGCAGUCAAAAAGCUGGUAACAAUCCAUUCGUGUAUGUACAGUUUUAAAUAUAACGUACGAAUGUAUAUUAUGUGUGUAAUAGUAGCCACUGGAUACGGCUUUGAACACUUGGGCACUUUGAAAUCUGCGUAAUCAUUCCUUGCAAAUGGUUUACAGUUUCAAUGUGAUAUACGGUAUCAUAACUUUGGGAAGUAGUAGUCGGAUUGAACUAUAUGUACAAUUAAUCCAUUAGUUAAUUACAUUCAGCAGCGAAACUCGAUGUACAUAGAUAAAAAGAAAAUAUAUUCAUUAUUACGAUUGAAA